GCAGGUGGAGCCGAUGGAUCCAAGGUGCCGCCUCCUCAGAACGUCAUCACGAAGACCUUGAACACCAACUACACGCUGAGCUGGGACUGGCCGCCGGGCGCUGCAGGGACCCACGCCGUCACCUUCACCACGCAAUAUGUGCCGAAGCACCAGCUGAAGAGGAAGACUCCAAACUGGAUCACAGCGUGCAACCAGACGUCACACCGGUCAUGUGACCUCACACGGUUCAAGCUGUUAUUCAUCGGCAACUUCAUGCUCCGGGUGCGAGCCACCGUGGACGGGCGGCACUCGGAGUGGGCGCAGAAGACGUUCUGCCCCUAUGAGGAGGCCUUCAUCGGUCCACCUGAUGUGACUCUUCAUGUCACUGGGACAUCUUUGGAAGUCAGCAUUAAAGACCCAGUGUUCAAGCAGUCAGAACUGAGGGAGACGUACACCUCGGCCACCUAUAACAUCACCUACUGGAAGAGCAGCUCGAAGGAAGAGGUAAAAAAGAUCCUUGAAACGAGGGAGGACCGAGCGGUUCUUAGUGACCUGGACCCGCUGAGCGAAUACUGCGUCCAAGUCCAGAUCAUCUAUAACAUGAACCCCAGACCGGGCGAGUACAGCGACGUCGUCUGUGAGCGCACCGGUGACGUGGAUGCAACUCCGUGGGUGGCGGCCGUGGUGGCGUUUGUGGUCAUGGCCACGGUGGUGGCUCUGGUGGUGACUCUGGUGGUCUACUGGAAACAAAUCUCCAAGUUCCUGUUCCCAGAAGUCGUGCUGCCGCCACACUUUAAAGAGGUGUGUGUCCUGCCUUUCAACCCCUUCAUCUACCCAGUCUCGCUGCCCUCUGAGCACUGCGACCACGUCAGCAUCGUAGCAGACCACAGGACUGAGGAUGAGGAGGAAGGAGGGUGCAGCACAACCUGAUACCUCACAGGAUGGGGGGCUAGGAGGAGCAGGAGGAGGUGGGGUGCACUUUAAAGACUCUGAGAAUUGGCCUCUGACUGUGAGGUUUUAGAGCUGUGAACUCUGCAGCAGUGAAGUGAUGAAGACGAGCAAGAACAGGUGAAGCUGGCCCAGGUGAAGCUGGCCCAGGUCACGCCGCAAUGCAUUGUGGGAGCACGCCACCGUUUUAGCAGGUUGCGAAUCAAAACAAACACACUGUGUUGGAAGGAAGAUUGCUAUGAACCAUACUUCAAAGCAGCUCAAAAGAAAAAGGACGUUAUGGAGGAAGAUUGCAUUGGAAGUGUGGACCCGUAUGAAACACAGCUGUGGAGUAGAAACCCUGAACCGCUAUUGACUUAGCUUAGCCUGAUCUAUUCUUGUUCCUUGUCUGUGGAGUCAGCGCGUACACGGCGAACCAAUUUUGCCAUUAUAAAUCUCUGGAGGCGCACAUCCACCAAGGAUCGGGUACAAGAUUUGGCAAUUAUUAGACUCCACGUUGUCAAUACGCCGUCAUUCAAACAAAGGGAACGCUGAGGACUACUGCGCUGUUUGCUCCAUGUUAGAUGCUGACGCUGACCGCAGCAUGAUUGAAAUGGAUGCUAAAGGCGUGUGCUGCUGAACUUGGAGAGCCGCUACGAGUCUUCAACCUCCAACAGAGGCUGAGGUCUUUUAACAUCUGCAGGAAGCUCCUGAGGAUGUUUGACC